AUGGAGGACAACGAAACGCAGGGACGAGACCCCCAAGAGCCCACCACUGCCAAACCGGCGGAGGCUCCGGUCCGGGACAAUGGCUCCGAGCGGGAGAAGCCGGUGGAAGAAACGACAACCGGCGGGGAGAAGGAGGAGGAGGAAGCCUUCCUCGUCAGCCUCUACAAGUUCAUGAAGGACCGACACACACCCAUCGAGAGGAUCCCCCACCUCGGCUUCAAGCAGAUUAACCUCUGGAAGAUCUACAAAGCCGUGGAGAAGCUGGGAGCCUACGAGUUGGUGACGGGACGACGGCUCUGGAAGAACGUCUACGACGAACUGGGGGGCAGCCCCGGCAGCACCAGCGCGGCCACCUGCACCCGGCGGCACUACGAGAGGCUGGUCCUCCCGUACGUGCGGCAUCUCAAGGGGGAGGACGACAAACCUCUGCCCCCCAGCAAGCCCCGCAAGCAGUACAAGGUCUCCAAGGGCACCGAGACGGGCGAGAAGAGCAAGAGGGCCAAGAAGGAGAAGGGCCGGGAGCAGAUGCCUCCGGAUAAGGCGAAGCCAGAGGGACCGGCCGGCACAGAGGAGGCGAGGGAUGCGCCGGAGCGGAGCCGGGCGGUGGAGGGAUGCUCCGGUCCGGGGGUCCCGACCCCGAGCCCCUCAGGGGGGUGUCCCGGCACCUGCAGGACCCACACGGAAACCUACAAGCGCCUUUUCUCCAGCUUCUACUCCAAAGGCAACCACCCCAUCAUGUCUCCGCUGGCCAAGAAGAAGCUGCUGGCCCAAGUGAGCAAGGCAGAGUCCUUGCACUGCCACAAACGCCAUUGCCCCGAGGGCCGGCGGUCGGUGAGCAACGCUGGCCCCGGCCCCAACCCCGAGCCCCCCCGGCUGGCCACCGGCCCCCACCUGGAUGAGCAGAGGAGCCCGGAGCCGUCGGGAGCUCAGGAUACAGCUCCAAGCGUUGGGAGCGAGGUGGGACCUGUCCGCAGCGCGUCCCCCGGCGAGAGAGACAGCCAGCCCUGCCCGCGGGCCGAGGACGGGUGUCCGGCGCCCACCAUCUUCACCGGCUGCUUCCACGCCUACCGCAACGAGGUGCUGAAGCCCGUCGGCUGCCAUCCCCUCUGGGGGUAUUUCUCCAGCUUGAAGGACUUUUUGGAGCCGCCUUCCGCCUUCCCGUCACGACCCGAGGAGCCGGAGCAGCCCCAAGACCUGCGGAGCAAAGGAGGGCAGCCGUGGAGCGGGGAGAGCCGGCGAGCGGCCGCCUGCGCCACCGUCAAAGCCUGCUGGGUGCCCCCCGGGGCCAGCUUCACCCCCACCGCGCCGAGGGGCAAGCGCGGUCGGGAGGAGGAGACGGCUUUCGGCCCCAGCGCCAAGUUACGUGCCAUCUCUCCCUUCGUGAAGGAGGCCGACGGCAGGGACCCGGGCGCCGGCUCGCCCGGGGGCCAGCAAGGGCUGGCCAAACCCAAGGCGGUAGUGGCCAGCCCUGGCUACGCCACGCCGCUGCCGCAAGCUCCGGACGUUUACAAGGGAGCGAUGCUGCGUUUCCCGGUGAGCUUCGGCAGCCCGCUGGAGCACCUCAAAACCCAAGGGGUGCCGGUGGCACCGUCCCUCUCCGUCAACCCCUUUGUCAUCCCUGCUUUCCCCAGCCCUUUGGUAGCCGCCUCCACGCAGCCCUCUGACCUGUGCCAGCCGCUGGCGACCGGCCCCGGGCACUACCCGGCAUCCUACGAGAGCUCGCUGCAGCACCGGCUCUACCCGGCGGCAACGUGGCACAGCCAACCCACCUAUGCCUCCCGCCACGCGCCGGCCUUUCACCGCCACGCCAAGCUGUAG